AUGUUGAAGACGAAGAAGGCUGCUGGACACUACCGAAUUCAUAGUGGAAAUAAACCUUACCAGUGUCAACAAUGUGGCAAGAGCUUUAACCACAGCUCAACCCUUACUCAGCAUCACAGAAUUCAUACUGGAGAGAAACCUUACCAAUGUCAAGAAUGUGGUAAGAGCUUUAACCAGAGGUCAUCCCUUACUCAACAUCACAGAAUUCAUACUGGAGAGAAACCUUACCAAUGUCAGGAAUGUGGCAAAAGCUUUAACCAGCGGUCAUCUCUUGCUGAACAUCACAGAAUUCAUACUGGAGAGAAACCUUACCAAUGUCAAAAAUGUGGCAAGGCUUAUAACUGCCUUUCACACCUUUCUCAACAUCAUAGAAUCCAUACUGGAAGGAAACCUUACCAAUGUCAAAAAUGUGGCAAGGCUUUUACUUGGAGGUCAAGUUUUUCUCGGCAUCACAAGAUUCAUAGUGUAGAGAAACCAUACCAAUGUCAAGAAUGUGGCAAGGCCUUUAAGUGGAGGUCAUAUCUUUAUCAACAUCAAAACAUUCAUAAUGAAGAAAAACUUUACCAAUGUCAAGAAUGUGGCAAGGCCUUUAACAACAGCUCAAUCCUUAUACGACAUCACAGAAUUCAUACUGGAGAGAAACCUUACCAAUGUCAAAAAUGUGGCAAGGCCUUUAACCACAGCUCAGGUCUUACUCAGCAGUACAAAAUUCAUACUGGAGAGAAACAUUACCAAUGUCAAGAAUGUAGCAAGGUCUUUAUACACAGCUCAACUCUUACUCGACAUCACAGAAUUCAUACUGGACAGAAACCAGGCAAAUGUCAUGAAUUUAACUGGAGGUCAAGUGUUACUGAGAAUCAGAGAAUUCUUCCUGGAGAGAAACAUUACCAACAUCAAGAAUGUUGUUAG